CUACAACAACAAGGAGAUCAAUUUCCUUCGUGAGCUCAUCAGCAACUCGUCCGAUGCUUUGGACGAGAUCCGUUUCGAGAGCUUGACGGACAAGAGCAAAGCUUGAUGUCCAGCCGGAGCUGUUCAUCCCCCCUCAUCCCUCACAAAGCCAACAAGACUCUCUCCAUCAUCGACAGGGGUGUUAGCAUCACGAAAGCAGGUAAAUAUUUGGGG